UUUAUAAUGAAGUAGGGGGUAGCUGACGCGAUUCUGAACAACAAUUUCCUUUGCAAAAAUGUCGAAUAGUGCUUCGUUUUUCAAUUAUUAACGAGAAACCAACGACCAAUCACAGCGCGCGCUACUCGUGCGCUGUGAUUGGUCGGUGUUUUUCAGCACUGCGCGCUCAGCUAUUCUCGACGCGCAUGCGCGACUAGGAGCCACAUGCCACAUCUGGUAACACUGAUCUGCACUGAUCGUGAUUAAUAUAUCAAAAUAUACGCUCGAGUAAGGGAAUAUUAGAGAAUAUUACUGUUAAAAAGAUAUUUUAUACGCAAAUUCAUUCUUAUUCUAUGAUACAAGAAUAUAAUUUAUAACCUAGCUUUCUGUUUACAACGUCAAAUUUAAUACUGUCACGUUGUUUUGCAAAAUAUGUUACGUUAACGUCAUGAUGAAAAUUUGGUAAACUACACUUUCUUUAAGUGACUAUACCGCUGUAUUAAAGUGUGCAUAAUAAAUGUAAUCCAUUCGUUGCAAUUAGAUCAACUUUGUCAUGAGUAUAUUCAAUGACAUCAAGAAAGUUACAGAGAUACCUUACUCGGACGAGCAUUCGUUGUUCAUACGCCAAAAAGAGGGCAAACGAAGCAGAAAGAUAGGCAAACCCAAGUCAGCGAGAAAUGCAAAUUUAUACGAUGACAGCGACGAUGAUAAGGAUAGAAGAAACCACUACGACGAACCCUCUCAAUUGCACGAAAGCGAGAUUGCGUGUUCCAUUAAAGAGUACAGUGGUAUUAGUUAUUCGAACGAGCUGAUCGAACGGAACAUAAAAGCAAGACAAAAGACAGUUAGUUUAAAUUCUAAUAAACCUUUAGGCAAGUUCGCUUUAAGAGAAACAAGUUACAGUCAUAGCGAUUCAAGUACAGAAACUGUGACACCUGAGAUCAAUGAACCUGAAACCAAAGAAACUAUUUUGCAAAAGUGUAAGCUUAAUAGAAACGCAGCGAUUAUGGGACUCCUAAAAACAAAUAAAAUAUCGAUAGACGAUUUACAGAUGCCAAACAAUUUUAAAUGUACAAAAGAUAACAGUGAAUCGAACUUACAGAGUGAAAAUGCUUCGUCAUCAAGGGAUUCGACCGAAGGAAAGUACGAAAUGGAGCUAGUUCAGUUACCAGAAGAUCCAGAUGUUUACCUUCAUCCUUUGCAAGCGUACGGAAGCAUAGAUGAGAAUAAAUAUAAAGAUAUUGAUUUCACUGUACCACAUUUGGGGAAGAAAAAGACUGUAACACCUCUAGAGUACUAUCUUACCAUGGACGACUCUGGGUUUGAUUUCGUUAAAAAAAAGAAAACGUAGUAAGAAAAAUGUGGUCGAUUCAAUGCGUUUUCUUAAAUAAAAGUUUUAAAGAACUUAUUGGUCUCUGAUGAUCAUGACAAUUAACAUGUUGAUUAUGAAAAUACUUGAAUUUGUAAGAUGAAAGACAUAUUGCAAAAUUUUAUUAAGAUCUUUUAGUUAAAAAUGAACGAAGUAUGUGAUAAAUUAUGGCAAUCUAUAGGUGAAGGAAUAAAGAAUUUAUUAAAACAGGUGUGCUGUUAAAAGAAAAUUGAGAAACGGAUGACAAAUGAUUUAUUUAUCAAUAAAUUACAAAAAAAAUGCAUCGUGCACAAUAGUCUACCAUAUAAUCAUAUAUUUUUAUUUCGUUGAAAUUAAGAAAAGAAAUAAUUGAACAAAUUUUCUGUGAUCUUGAUCUUAACUGUUUAACGAGAUUUCUGAGUUUUAUUCAGUUUUAUUAUUUACUAACAUUUAUAUUUAAGUUAUACCGUAGACUGAUGUAAUUGAAAGAGAACUCGUUUCUAAUUUUCAAACUAAUAUUAAGAGAUUUUACCAGAUGUUUAAUCAAAAUUGUUAAGAAAGAUACAUUUUUAUACCUAAAAUGCAAUAAAUCAUACUUUCUUAACCGAUAAAA